AUGGCGAGCGGAUACCAGAUGUUGGAGGAGCUGGGGAGCGGGAGCUUUGGUGUUGUGUACAAGGCAAUUGAGAGAGCCACGGGGGAUAUGGUCGCGAUAAAACAUAUCGACCUCGAAGGCAGCGACGAUGAUAUUCGCGAAAUACAACAGGAGAUAUCGUUGCUGAGCACAUGUCACAGCCAGUAUGUCACUCAGUACAAGACCAGCUUCGUCCGCGGCGUCAAGCUAUGGAUCGUGAUGGAAUAUCUAGGUGGAGGGUCUUGUCUAGACUUGCUCAAACCCGGACCCUUUAACGAAGCAUACAUUGCCAUCGUCUGCCGCGAACUUCUCUCUGGCCUCGACUAUCUCCACCAAAGCGGCAAGAUCCACCGCGACAUCAAAGCGGCGAAUAUCCUGUUAUCCGAUUCCGGGAAAGUCAAGAUUGCGGACUUUGGCGUCGCCGCCCAGUUGACCAACAUCAAGUCGCAGCGGAUGACGUUUGUCGGCACGCCAUUCUGGAUGGCACCGGAGGUCAUCCAAGAGGAGGGGUACGACAUCAAGGCUGAUAUCUGGAGUCUAGGGAUUACGGCGCUAGAGCUUGCCAAUGGACAGCCGCCACAUGCUGACACACAUCCCAUGAAGGUGCUGUUCUUGAUUCCGAAGGCGGCACCUCCGAAACUGGAAGGCAACAAAUGGAGUAGGGAGUUCAAAGACUUCAUCAGUCAGUGUCUGGUCAAGGAUCCGGAUCGUCGACCUACGGCGAAGGAGCUCCUCCAGCAUAAGUUCGUGCGCAGAGCCGGCAAAGUCGAAGGUCUCCGCGAAUUGAUUGAGCGGAACCAGGAAUGGCAGGCCAAAGAGGAACGGCUCUCUCACGUCAAGUAUUAUGAAGAGACCAUGCGCGACUUAUCACCUCGACUUGCUCAGGAAGAAUGGGUCUUCGACACCGUCAAACCUGCAGCUGCGUCAAAUGCACUUACGAACACCAAGCGCCGGCGAGUAUCUCGUCCCGUGUCUCGCGACCAACACCCGGAUUCUUCUCCCAACGCAACGGCGACGCCUGCUCGCAUUCGCAAGGCAAGUGCAGGCAUCACACCAGCUUAUCGAAAAGUCUCUGGCACACGCGUGCCGUCUGGGCAGACGCCAACGACGCGAAGAGUGAGCAAUCAGGCAAAUACGAAGCUACCCUUAGGCAUUGACCUUAGCUUUGGGAACUCACCGUCGACCGUGCGGCAGUUCCGGAGGGUCUCGAGUGGCCAAAAGCACGCCGACCGAAAC